AGGACCUACCCCGGCCUCGCAUUUCACGCCUAUGGAAAAGCAGGAAAAAUGUUGGUGGAAACAAGCAUGAUCGGACUGAUGCUGGGAACGUGCAUUGCUUUCUACGUUGUCAUUGGUGAUUUGGGGUCCAACUUCUUUGCCCGGCUGCUUGGUUUCCAGGUCUCCGGCAGUUUCCGGAUAGUCCUGCUCUUCGCUGUCUCCCUGUGCAUUGUCCUUCCACUGAGCCUCCAGCGGAACAUGAUGGCCUCCAUACAGUCCUUCAGCGCCAUGGCUCUGAUCUUUUACACGGUGUUCAUGUUCGUGAUUGUGCUGUCGUCCUUCAAGCACGGCCUCUUCGGCGGGCAGUGGCUGCAGCGAGUUAGUUACGCUCGCUGGGAGGGCAUUUUUCGCUGCAUCCCCAUCUUUGGCAUGUCUUUUGCCUGUCAGUCUCAGGUCUUGCCUACCUACGAUAGCUUGGAUGAGCCGUCUGUUAAAAUCAUGAGCUCCAUAUUUGCUUCUUCCCUCAACGUGGUCACCACUUUUUACAUUACGGUCGGCUUCUUUGGCUACGUGAGUUACACUGAAGCCAUUGCUGGGAACGUCCUCAUGAACUUCCCUUCCAACCUGGUGACGGAGAUGAUCCGAGUGGGAUUCAUGAUGUCGGUAGCCGUGGGGUUUCCGAUGAUGAUUCUCCCGUGCAGACAGGCGCUGAACACCCUCCUCUUUGAGCAGCAGCAAAAAGACGGCACCUUUGCUGCUGGGGGUUAUAUGCCCCCGCUUCGGUUCAAAGCCCUGACGCUGGCUGUUGUGUUUGGAACCAUGGUGGGAGGCAUCAUGAUCCCGAAUGUGGAAACAGUCCUGGGCCUGACGGGUGCCACGAUGGGAAGCCUCAUUUGUUUUAUCUGCCCAGCUCUUAUUUACAAGAAGAUCCACAAGAACGCGCUUUGUUCACAGGUUAUACUGUGGAUCGGCCUGGGAAUCCUGGUGAUCAGUACGUACACCACCCUGUCUGCAACGGAAGACGCCCCUCUGAAGGCGGAAGCGGUGGGCUUGGAUCGCCUGGACGGGGAGGAGAACAGAAUUGCCCAGGAUUCAGUCAAAAUCCCAGACCAGAACCCGGUGGUAGAGGAGGCGGAGGAUGAACGUGACAAGCCGAAGCUGGUGGAUGAGAAGGAGGAGAUGGAGCAGCCACAAAUUAAGGUGCCCAUGGAGGUUUCCAAGAGAGAGGAGGAGAGAGGAAAGCCGGAGGAGAAAGUGCAGCUUGACCGUCCGGAUCAAGGGAUUGCCCUGCCUGUGGGGGAAGCGCAUCGCCACGAGCCGCCUGUCCCGCACGACGAAGUGGUCGUGGACAUGGGGCGGGAGCGGGAGGAAUCCGACGAGCGCAAGCUCGCACCCGGAGUAGCCGCCGAUCGCCCGCUCAAGCCAGCGCUGGAGGAGCCGGCCGCGCCGAAUCCCCAGAAAGAGGCGCUUGGCCCAAACCAGGGGAAGGGAGCGAUUGCUGAGAACCAGCCGCGAGGAGGGACUGACGAGCCCGGCAAGAAUCCCAGGAACGUCCCGGAGGUGAUGGUGCAGGAUGGCAGGCCGCCAUACAAGGAGUUGGAGCCAGACAAAGAAGCGCUGGCAGCCAAGGCGCAAGCUGCCGCGCUGGACGGUGAGAAGAAAGCCGAGGGGGCAGGUGACAGGGAGAAAUCGAAGCUCCAGCUCCCCAGGAAAGCAGAGGAGGCUGCGAAGUCCGUGGAGAAGGAAGCCGAACCUGGUGAAAAGCAGGAGCUGCCCUUCCUGGAUCAGCUGGAGCCGAGGGAGAGCCGGAACACCGAGGAGAAGCAACAGGAGGAUGCGGAGAGCAAGCUGGAAGAGCAGCAGGUCCAGCAGAAGCAGCUGCUUGACCAGCAAGCGAAACUCCUGGCCGUGAUUGAAGAGCAGCACAAGGAGAUCCACCAGCAAAGGCAGGAGGAGGGAGAGGAGAAGCCAAAGCAAGCGGAGACGCAGCAGGAUUUGGCUGUGCCUGUCUCCAGGCAGGAGGACGACGGCCUCGGGGCUAAGCCAGAAGCCGCUGCGAAGUCGCUCGGCAAAGAGCCGGAGCUGCCCGUGCAGGGCCCGGGUGGGCAUCCUGCUGAUUCCGCGGAGCAGCGCAGGGGAACCACGGGAAGGCUGGAAGAGGCUGGGCACAGGCGUGAGAUUCCCGGGGUUCCUCCCAAGGAGCGGAAGGUGCUGCCACAGGAGAAUGACAGAGCUGUUAAAAAUCCGGCAGAGAACUGGGAGCCUCCUCACGGGGAUGCCCAACACAUUCCAGCAGCCAGAAACCACCUGGAAAAGAAGUCCUUGGCGGAGGAUUUAGGAGGAGGUCACGAAGCCAAAGCUGGAAGAGACGUCCACGAGAAGAAUUCCCUGAAAGCCAUGGAAGUAGCUACAGCUCCCAUCCAAAGAGAACAGCCGGGGGCUGCCAAAGUUCAGGGAGUAGCAGGAAAGAGGCUGGAAAGAGACUCAGGAAUAGACCUUAAAGCCAAAGCCCUGAGUCAGGUGGAGCCCAGAGACCUGGCAGCGCCGGCCUCCUCCAGGAAAAGGGAUGUGGCGGAGAGCGAGCAGCGCCUGCAGCGGAGGAGGCGGGAGCUGCUGCCUCCCGAGGAGGAGGAGGAGGCUGUGGGGGGGGCGGGGGUCUUCAUUGGCCUCAACCCCCUUCCAGAUGUGAAAGUCAACGACCUCCGGAGC